UAAAAUUAUAUCGCGGAUGAGUACGGACGCUCCUAUAUAAAGAGCAUUUGAGCAUUUGUCGCGACAUCUUAUGACACGAGUUCCCGCCAAUACAAGGAAACGAUGUCGCGAUUUUUACCGUAUUUUCUGGCUGUAUGCGUCGCGGUAUGCUCAGGCGCUAAACUGCCUCUGCAAGACGCUCAAGUCCUAAAGGAGGCGCCAGAGGAAGUCAUAUUUAGAGCUGGGAAGCCAGAAUUAGUUCUGGAGUGUGCUACUGAAGACAAGAGUCAAGCACCCAUAAGGUACAGCUGGUUUAAAAACGGACAGCUUUUCGAACCGUCUGGUGAGGUGAGCCAGAGAGAUAACGAAGGUACGCUUGUGUUCAAAAAUCCUAAGAAAGAUGAUGAAGGAAAAUAUCAGUGCUUCGCUCAGACAGAGGCUGGUACAGCCAGCACUAGAAUCAUUAACGUAAAGCUCGCUUUCAUUGACAUACCAAAAGUAACACUCCAGAACCACAAACCCAUCGAAGGUAAAGUAUACCAACUGGAUUGCGAAAUACCGAACAGCUAUCCGAAACCGGAAAUACAGUGGAUCUAUCAAUCCGUAUCCGAUCCGAGCAUAUCAAGGAAUAUCCUAGAUAAACGUAUCACGCUAUCUCCAAAUGGUGUGCUGUAUUUUUCUAACGUAACAAAGGAAGAUACGAGCGCUGAUCAUAAAUACGUGUGUGUUGCAAAGACACCAGCCCACGAUGGUGACGUGAUCUUGGCGGAACACGUCAUGGAAGACGUGCAGCCCAGCAGCGGGUCCAACAGCGAGCUGGUGCUCCAAUAUGUCAGUAACGAUAUUAUCGGCCAAGUUGGAAAAGUCACUAUGAUAUAUUGCAUCUAUGGCGGAACUCCCCUCGCCCAUCCCGACUGGUACAAAGAUGGCAAGAACGUAAACAAUAGUCCCAAAGACCGCGUCACCAGAUAUAACCGGACAGCUGGGAAGAGGCUCCUCAUCAAGGAGACCUGGUUAGAGGAUGAAGGGAACUACACCUGCAUCGUGGACAAUGAGGUCGGAAAGCCUCAAGAACAUACGAUCAGCGUUCGCGUCGUCAGUGCACCAGAGUUCACUAAGAAACCGGAGCCGAAAGACAGCACUGUAUCCGGCAGGGAUGUGACGAUACCUUGCCAAGUUGCAGCACUUCCGGUUGCCAAGAUAACAUGGACUUACAAUGCUAAAAGUUUACCUGAAAACGACAAACUUGUGAUUUCACAAACAACACAAGGCAAUAUCACGGUCGCUGAUUUGACCAUCAAGAAUGUCCAAAACUCUGACACCGGAUAUUACGGAUGCAGAGCCACAAAUCAACAUGGCGAUAUCUACGCCGAAACACUGCUGAUCGUUCAGUAAUUUCAUUUUAUUCUCAUCUUAUUUUGUAACCUUAUUGAUUAAUAAAUAUGUAAUCUAUAAGUA